CGUUUAGCACUUUUCAAAACAUGGUCGAUCAAAACAUUGCGUUUGGAAGAAAUUCGGUUUAAACUCGGAUUUAGAAGAAAAUAUUAUGCUUUUAGAAAGAAAUAUACAAUGUUCCAUUUGUACAAGUACAGUACUUUAUCACUCCAACGAAAUUUGCCCUUGUCAUUACGUAGUUUAAGAGCAAAUUCUGAAUUAAGCGGAACUGAAAAAACGUGCCUAUUAUGUAAACAUUUAAAUGUUAAUUUGCGGUUGCAAGCAAGAGAUCAGUCUUCUGUUACUAACCCAGAAGUAAAGAAACGUAAGCGUACAAGAAGAAGACGAACUAAAAAUACUACUGACGUUUUUGUUGUAACUGACAAGUUUUCUGGUUUGCAAAAGGCAAAAAUUGUGAAGUUUACUUCUGAGGAUUUAAAUGUAUUGACCCAAUCGGAUUUUAGUUUAGAUGAAUUAUAUAAAAUAAGGCUGUUAACACAUAGAAAUGCUGAUCAAUCUUCUCAUACAUAUAGUAACUUAGCCAUAGAGGGCCUUAGUUCUGUAGCAAAUGAGGUUCCAGAAAUUAUACCAGACACUCCAAUUGCUGAACCUACUACAUCUGAUGUGAUAACUAAUAGUAAUAUUUCUGUUAAAAAGAAGACUUCUAAAGGAAAAAGUAAAGCAGUAACAGAAACGAAAAAUGAUCUUGAAGAAGAUGUCGUAGAAGAUUAUGAACAUAAUGACGUACAGUUUAAAAGUUUGGGUAUAUCAUCGUCGUUUCAACCCGAGGUGGAAGAAGAAGAUAUUGUGGAAGCCAGCAAAUCUGGUAUUAAGGAAGAACAGACCGAUAAUGUCUCAAAACCUUAUGUCGAAGAACAUAGAAAUGAAAUUGCCGCCAGAACGUUGGCCGCGUACAUAGAGGUAUGCAACAAUUUAAGGAAUCCGAAAAGGGGUUUUCAGGCUCUACAGUUUCAUCAAGUUAGAGUCAAACGUAACAGCAGUAGGUUUUCGCCGAUGAAGCAGCUAAAUGUCUACUGUACUUUACUUAAAGGUUUUGCAAACAAAGGCGAUUAUCAGUCUUUACAAAGAAUCUUGGAAAUAAUGAAAGAAGAAAAUAUCUCACCAGAUAUGCAAUGUUACAUUGCCAUUUUUGCGUGCUUAGGUAAAAUUAACGUACAAGACCACUACUUAAAAGAUAUAAGAAUAUUCGUGAAAGACGCACUAAGAAAAGGCUAUACCUUCGACAUGAUCAUGAAUAACGGCAUAUUUCUUAACGACGAACGCAGGAUGGUUUUGAAAGUAUUUAAGGCUUUUGACGAUAAUUAUAGACCAGUAUAUAAGAAGGUUAAUGUGCAUUAUAAAAAUCGACUGCUCGAUCAUCUGAAUAACGAGGAACAAGUGAAUUUUAAGCCGCCAGAGUGGGAAGAAAAUAAUGGUUUGUUUACACCCGAAUUUAUGAAUGACAGAGUUGCUAAACAGCUCAAACAGGAGGAAGAUACUUAUAUAACAAUUAAAAGUAUAGAAAGUAAAAACGAACCAACGGCAGAAGUUUUACAGUAUCGGAAAACGUUAGAAAAUCACUUCAAAAUGUGGAGAAGGGACGCGGAACAAGCUUUCCAGAGGGAUUUGGCAACGUUGGCGGCUAAAAGGUCUGCGUUGAACCUGGAGCCUUACAUAAGGAGCAUUCCAAGCAAAGACUUCAUAGAUAUAAUAAUAGAGGAGGGUAAAAGAAUGGCUCAGGCUUCGGAAACGUACAGCCCAGAAACAAAUGUGUUGUACAGAAUGCUAGGCUGGAGGGUAUAUGGGCAAUAUUUAAUGUUGUUGAAACAGAAAACUGGAGUUUUAGAAAAGAUAUUACAUAUCCAUUUAAAAUAUUGCGAGGCAUACGCGGCAAAGCACGGUCAACUCGACACGCUACCAGAGAAUGAACAGCUGGUCAAUCCCCGAACGCAAUGGCAGUCCAUAGAACACGAUAAUCGCACCUUUGCUAACGGCUGUACGUUGGACAUGGGCCACCAACCUUGGGCACCCACGUCCCUGACGGCCAUCGGGAAAUUCAUGUACAAUAUUAUUAUGCACGAUUUGAAGAUUGACGUGAACUCACUUAGGCCCCAAAGCAAACACAAAAAUCUCCUUCCUGCCUUUUAUACUAUAUUCCGAAACCAGGGUCGUAUGGUUAAAGAAGAAGUUAAGCCUCAUCCAGUAUUGUCAAAACUAUAUAAAGCUUCAGAACCAGAAACUUUAACAUUUCCAGCUACCGAAAUUCCAAUGCUGUGUCCACCUGUUCCUUGGACCUCCAUUAAUCAUGGUGGAUAUAUCGUAGCACGUACUGAUGUUAUAAGGUUGCCAUCACAAGCCUCAAGCCAGAAAAAGAGACUGGCGGAGUCCGAUCCAGUACAGUUGUAUCCCAGUUUGGAUGCUUUAAAUCAACUUGCAUCAGUUCCUUGGAAGGUUAAUACCAAAGUCCUAGACGUAAUAUUAAAAGUUUUUAGAGAUGGAGGUUCGGCAAAACUGGACGUACCAGAAGCACCUUCGAAACUACCUCAGCCACCUCCGGUACGACCUGAUAUGACGAAACCUGAAAAAUACCAGAAUAUUAAACUCAAGAUGCAGUACAAGAGGAAAAAAGCCGAAAUGUACUCUUUGUGGUGCGACUGUCUUUAUAGGUUAUCUUUGGCGAAUCAUUUCAAGGAUGACAUAUUUUGGUUACCACACAACAUGGACUUCAGGGGUCGCGUCUAUCCCGUACCACCACAUUUGAACCACUUGGGUUCCGAUUUGGCUAGGUCCAUGCUGGUUUUCGCAGAAAGUAGACCUUUGGGACCCGAGGGUUUGGAUUGGUUGAAAAUACACCUUGUCAAUUUGACAGGAUUGAAGAAAAGGGAGUCUGUAAGAGAUAGGUUGGCAUAUGCCAAUGAUGUAAUGCCCUUGAUUCUCGAUUCUGCCGAUCAUCCCCUAGACGGUAGGAAGUGGUGGGCUGAAUCUGACGAGCCUUGGCAGACUUUGGCGUGUUGUAUGGAAAUAGCUGACGUAGUCAGGUCUGGAGUCGAUCCGGCGGAGUAUAGAUCUCAUUUCCCUGUGCACCAAGAUGGAAGCUGUAACGGACUACAACAUUACGCAGCCCUAGGUAGAGACACAGCUGGUGCAUUCAGCGUCAACUUAAGCCCCUGUGACGUUCCUCAAGAUGUCUAUAGCGCGGUAGUGGCCUUGGUCGAAGAACAAAGAGCCAAAGACGAACUAGAUGGAAUUCCGAUUGCGAAAACAUUGAACGGUUUUAUUAAAAGGAAGGUGAUUAAGCAAACUAUAAUGACCACAGUGUACGGAGUGACUAGGUAUGGAGCCCGUCUACAGAUUGCUAAACAACUGAAAGACAUUGAUGACUUUCCCAAGGAGGCUGUGUUUGCCGCAUCAUCUUAUUUGACAGGACGAACAUUUGAUUCCCUAAGGACUAUGUUUACUUCGACUAGAGAGAUUCAGGACUGGUUUACCGAAUGUGCCAAAUUGGUUUCUGGAGUAGUAGGGAAGCAUGUGGAAUGGGUGACGCCCUUAGGACUGCCCAUUGUUCAACCAUAUAUCCAUUUAAAGUAUAUCCCUUCGUCUGGGUAUGACACUUUUCACAUGGACCAAUUUGAGAAACCGAACGUAGUCAAACAGAAAAAUGCAUUUCCACCGAAUUUUAUUCACUCUUUGGAUUCUAGUCACAUGAUGUUAACUUCUCUGCACUGCGAAAGGGCGGGAGUUACUUUUGUUUCUGUACACGACUGCUAUUGGACGCACCCAUCCACCAUUCACAUAAUGAAUAAAAUAUGUCGAGAACAGUUUGUGGCUUUGCAUUCUGAACCAAUUUUAGAAGACUUAUCUAUUUCUAUGUAUAAUAACUACAGUUUUGAGGAAAGCGAACUAUCUGAUGAAAGUUCCUUGGCCGAUUAUCAAAAGAAAAAACUCAACAAACUACUGAGAACCUUGCCUGCGACUGGAGAUUUUGAUAUAAACAAUGUUUUAGAUUCUGUGUACUUUUUCAGUUAAUGUACAAAGCACUAUAAAUAGAUUGUUUAACUCUUA